AUGCUCACUCCACGUCAAACGGCGUCCCAAGGGAUUAAUGGCCAUCUGUCAAAUGCACAUGGCCAUCGCUCCACAACGGCUACCUCUGCGACACGCCCGGACGGUCAGCUGCGACUCCCCAAAGAGUUACUCAUCCGCCUCACAGAUCAAUGCCAGGUCCCUCCGGCCACCCUGCCCUUUCUUCACCAGGUCCUGGAGCUGUACGCAGAGCGCACCCCGGGUCUGCACACUGUGGUGGAGGGGGUGAUGCGGCCCGGCUACAUGGGCCUCACACCAGGGGAGACCCUGGGGCAUGACCACUUCGCGUUCAGGACGUUCGGGGUUCCCGGGCUGGGCAUAUCCUCCCUGGAGCGCAUCUUGCUUCCCCUGGGCUACCAGCGGGUGGAGGACCCGGGGGCUCCGCUCACCUUCCCGGCCAAGAAGCUGGUGGCCACUUGGUUCAUGGCGAAGGACCCACGGGUCAGAGCGGUGCUGCCCAGGGUCUUUGUCAGUGAGAUACAGGUGGAGAAGCUGUCUCCCGCGGCGCGGGAAAUCAUCCUGGGGACCACGGGGUGGGCGGCUGGGGCGGGUGAGGCGGUGCAGGUGCAGGUCCUUACGGCGCUGCUGACUGGUACGGCACCCUGGCCGCGACCCACCCUGGAGCAGUACGAGCUAUUGCUGAAGGAGUCGGAGUACGCAGCUUGGGUGCUUGCACACGGCUACAGCCUUAACCAUACGGCACUUGCGCUGCACCGGUUACCGGGUGUGGGUCCCUCCCUGGACAUGGAUGGCUUCGUCAGGCAGCUGAGUGGCGCUGGGAUGGCCAUGAAUGCGGAGGGCGGCCUGGUCAAGGUGAGCCCCGACGGGCUGCUGCUGCAGUGCUCUGUGGUGGCGGACCGACGACCGUUCGAGUUCUCGUGUGGUCAGCAGCAGGACAUCGCGGCAGCAUACGUGGAGUUCGUAAAGCGGUUGAGGUUGCCCCGGUUUGCGCAUCUCAAGGACGAGGAGCUCAGAGAAGAGCAUUUGCGUGAUGGCUUUGAAGUGGGCAACGCGGAUCGCAUUUUCGAAUCCACAACGCUGGCCGCCACCGGCGCUGGUAGUAAAUAA